UUCAUUUGGGUUUUGCUUCAUACAAAACUAGAAAGAAAGUUCUCUACUUGUUUGAAUUCAUUUGGCAGCUAGUCAUGGAUUGUUCAACAUGGAUUAACACUUCCUUGGAUCUUAACAUUAAUUCCUACAGAGUUCAUGAAGAAGUUCUUCAGAAGAAGGAGGUGGAAAGCAAGCUUUUCUCAUUGGGGAUGACAAAGUUUUCUGUGAAAGAAGAGUCCACUGGUGGUGACUUAGAGAAGGAAGUGAAGAGGGUGACAGCAGAAAACAAGAAGUUGGCCGAAAUGCUCUCAGUGAUGUGUGAGAAUUACAACACAUUGCGGAGCCACUUGAUGGAAUAUAUGAAGAAAAAUCCUGAAAAGGAGCUCAGCACAUCAUCAAAGAAAAGGAAGUCUGAAAGCAGCAAUAACAAUAAUAGCAACCUGAUGGGAAUUAACAAUGGAAACUCAGAGAGCAGCUCGACUGAUGAAGAAUCAUGCAAGAAACCGAGGGAAGAAACCAUCAAAGCAAAAAUUUCAAGAGCUUAUCUCAGGACUGAAGCAUCUGAUACAAGCCUUAUUGUUAAAGAUGGAUACCAAUGGAGGAAGUAUGGACAAAAGGUGACCAGGGAUAACCCUUGUCCAAGAGCAUAUUUCAAGUGCUCUUUUGCUCCAAGUUGCCCUGUGAAAAAGAAGGUGCAAAGAAGUGUGGAUGAUCAAUCUGUCCUGGUUGCAACUUAUGAAGGGGAGCACAAUCAUCCCAACCCUUCUCAAAUUGAGGCAACUUCAGGUUCUGGCCGUAGUGUGACCCUUGGGUCAGUACCUUGUUCAGCAUCUCUCAGCUCUUCCACACCAACAGUUACCCUUGACAUGACAAAAUCUAAGUGCAGCAACGAUGUCAAGGAUACAAAACCAAAAACAGUUUCACCUGAUGUACCGCAGGUUUUGGUGGAACAGAUGGCUACUUCUUUAACCAUGGAUCCUAAUUUCAGAGCAGCACUUGUUGCCGCCAUCUCAGGAAGACUGUCGCACAAGAAUUAGAUGGAAAUUUGGUAUAGUAUUCCAUAGAAUGGAUCAUUUUUAGACCACAGGAUUUCUAUGUAAAUACAGCAUAGAAAAU